GACUCACUGUAGUCUCUCUCUGUGUAUCGCCGUGAUAGUAAACGCACUCCCUUCUAUCUCCGUGAUCCACAGCGGUCCGGCGUUUUUGCAAAAUAGUGCUCUGCUGUGAAUGGCGCCCUCGGAAUACGCUUGCGCUGUAGGCAUUACCAACCUGCUUUCCUGCCAAAUACAUGCCCUAGAUGCAGAGUCGCUGCGCGGCGUCGGAUGCUGUGUGCAGGUGGGAGAGCAAAACACUCGCGUGGAAGCGAAAUGACAAGGACAGGUCUUGUAGUUGGUUGAUAAACAAAAAAAGCCUUGGUUAGACCUCGCCGCACAUUUUCUGACGUUAUUAUUUACUGUAGCCUACAUCCAUCCGCAAUAUCACACAUUUACUCUCUCCGAGUGGUGCUUCUGCUGCUGUCUGUGCAGCAUCCUGAUCCUGAGCUCUGACCCUAAAAAUCUCAAGGCCCCUCUUUACCCUGCUACUGGCACUGCUUCACCCACAGAAGAUAGAUGAGCCUGGGAGGUGGUGCUUGAGCGAAGUCCCACUGGGAGAAGUAAUGCUCUGUUUGUAGACUUUCCCCUAUUCCAAUCAUGAGCCACCAGGAGGCGCUGCAUGGCCAGGAGUUGAGAGAGGCGGCUGAGGCAGACUUGGAGCGCCGGGGCCCCGAGGGCCAACAGCCCCCUUCAUCCCACCGUAGACACCAUGACAAUGGAGAUGGCAGCUCCCGCUCCGGUCGACCCCGCAACCACCACAGCUACCAUGGUACAGAGAAUAAUCACUACCAGUCCCACCAGCAGGGGGCCCCACGCUAUCGCAGGUAUGAGGGAUCUAACGGAGGGACGAACCGCACGCGUGCUGCAAGGAGAACUGCAGAAGAAGGGGACACUCAGCAGCAACCCGUUCAGCAGCCCAUACCGAGACCUGCAGUGACACGCUACCGCAGACAGGGAGACAACGAGGCCCGAAUCCGGGCUCAGCAACAGAGACAGCGACAGCGGGAGAGGCAGCAGAGAGAUGCAGAGAGAGCCGAACAGCACAAACUGGAACAUCAACAGCCUCUUGGCUCACCUACACAAGCCAUGCCGCCCAGUAGAGAGCCGGAGGAAGCUGAGGAAGAUGAGGGCGACGGCGGCAGUGCUUUGGCCCGAUCUGCCAGCACCGAGAGUGGCUUCCACAACCACACAGACCGGGCUGAGGGGGAUGCAGUCAUGGUCACGGAAGCAGAGCCUGAAGAUGAAAGCACAUACGGUAUCCCGCUUCGCCCGGAAUCAGAGGAGUACACAGAGAGCGCAGAGUCAGAGCAACAGCAUGGUGGUCCAGCUUACCUCCAACCCCAAUACCCACCUCAGCCUCCGCCGCUACCUCGAGAGCCCCUGCCCAAUGCUGAGAGGCCCCAUGAUGCAGAGACGCUAAACCCCAACUACUCUAAUUAUGUUUACACUCAACCUAUAUACCGCAGUCCCACCGGAGCAGAAGAGAGCCGUGAAGGUGGAGCAACAGAAGAUGAGGCGUACUCUGAGCCCUAUGCUGAAUACACCCUUCAGGAGCACGUUUAUGAGGAAAUCACGGACGCACCCUCAACCAAAGCUGAGGGACAGACUCCGCAACAAUGCAGGGCAGAGUUCAGGCUCUUCGAUCGUGACCUCUACCAGCAACAGGAGGCUGUUGGGUCCAGGCUCCACCACUACGAUGAGCGAUCCGACGGAGAGUCGGACAGUCCUGAAAAGGAAGCAGAGUUUGCCCCAUACCCCCGUGCUGACAGCUGCGAACAGGAUGAGGACAUUGACCAGAUCGUGGCAGAGGUGAAGGAGAGUCUGAGCUCACAGAGCCUGGAACGUGUCGCCAUGGGCCUAGACAAGGACGGGAACGAAAAAGAAGAGUGGCCUGAGUCAGAGUCCCAUGGUCAGAUGGAUGAAAUCAAACCCAAUGAGCCAAUGGGCGACGAACAGCCCCCUAGAAGUCCCUCAGAAGAGCCAACUCCAAUUAUAAAGAGCAGUCGUGAGAAGAGAGAUGCAAUCUCACUAGCUAUUAAGGACAUCAAAGAGGCAAUUGAGGAGGUGAAGACAAGGACGGUCCGUUCGCCCUACACGCCAGACGAGCCCAAAGAACCCAUCUGGGUAAUGAGGCAGGACCUGAGUCCUACAGCAGAAUCUGACCUGCAGCCGUCUCUGGGGGCUGAUUCACCAGGCUCAGGCUCCACCUCCCCACAGGGGGCGGAGUCUUCCAGCCGUCACCUGCCAUCACACGAGGGGAGUGACAGCUUUGAGUCUCCGUCUCCAGCCAGUAAAGAGUCGAGGAGAAGUCUUGCUUCAUUCCCAACAUAUGUAGAAGUACCAGGCCCAUGUGACCCAGAGGACCUCAUUGACGGUAUUAUCUUUGCUGCUAACUACCUGGGAUCCACUCAGCUGCUCUCAGACAAGACACCCUCCAAAAAUGUGCGCAUGAUGCAGGCUCAGGAGGCUGUGAGUCGCAUUAAGACGGCCCAGAAAUUAGCCAAAAACAGGAAGAAGGCUCCAGAAGGUGAAGCUCAGCCCAUGACGGAGGUGGACCUCUUCAUCUCCACUCAGAGAAUAAAAGUGCUCAAUGCAGACUCGCAGGACACUAUGAUGGACCACCCUUUAAGGACCAUCUCCUACAUCGCUGAUAUUGGGAACAUUGUGGUGUUGAUGGCCAGAAGGAGAAUGCCUCGCUCCGACUCUCAGGAGAACAUGGAAGCCUCUGACCCAGCUCAGGACGAGAAGCGCCAAUACAAGAUGAUCUGUCACGUGUUUGAGUCUGAAGAUGCUCAGCUCAUAGCUCAGUCCAUUGGCCAGGCUUUCAGUGUGGCGUACCAAGAGUUCCUGCGUGCCAAUGGCAUCAACCCAGAGGAUCUGAGCCAGAAAGAGUACAGCGACCUCCUUAACACACAGGACAUGUACAACGAUGACCUCAUUCACUUCUCCAAGUCUGAGAACUGCAAAGAUGUUUAUAUAGAGAAGCAGAAGGGAGAGAUUCUUGGGUUGGUGAUCGUGGAGUCGGGCUGGGGCUCUAUCCUGCCCACGGUUAUUAUAGCAAACAUGAUGCACGGCGGCCCGGCCGAGAAGUCCGGCAGACUGAACAUCGGGGACCAGAUCAUGUCUAUCAAUGGCACCAGCCUGGUGGGGUUACCCCUCUCCACCUGCCAGAGUAUUAUCAAGGGACUGAAGAACCAAUCCAGAAUAAAACUUAACAUUGUGAGAUGCCCACCUGUGACCACUGUCCUCAUCAGAAGACCAGACCUGAGAUAUCAGCUGGGAUUUAGUGUGCAGAAUGGCAUUAUCUGCAGUCUGAUGAGAGGAGGGAUAGCAGAGCGCGGCGGGGUGCGUGUCGGCCACCGGAUCAUUGAGAUCAAUAGUCAGAGUGUUGUGGCCACCCCUCAUGAGAAGAUUGUACACAUUCUGUCAAAUGCAGUUGGUGAGAUUCACAUGAAGACUAUGCCGGCUGCCAUGUACCGCUUGUUAACAGCCCAGGAGCAACCAGUUUACAUCUAAAGCUACAUACGACGCUUUCUCAAGCCUCCUGCCCUGCUGUCACCAGAUAUAACCUUAAUCUUGAUGUGAAACUGUCAGCCCUGUGGACUGGUGACUGUGUGACUGAAUCGACUGAAGCUCUGCUCGCCAUGGCUUUCUUUUCACUGCCUCCCUGAGCUCUUCAUCUCUUCUGUUCUGUUGCUGUGAGUGAGUAUGCUGUGCUGUGUAAUUCUUCUCUCUGUGUGCACUCAGCCCGCCUCGUGAAAGGAAGCAGAGAGAGAGAGAGAGAGAAAUAUGUUGAAGAGCCCCAUCGCAGAAAAUAGCUAUUGAAAUGAUAUACCUGGGGAACAAAAACUACACCUGUGUGAUCGCUAGGUGUACAAAAUGAAAAAGGAAUUUGCCUUACCAUACUCUUAUAAUGUUAUUUAUUCAAGCUUGGCAAGCAUCAAGUGUUUUAGAGUCAACUUGAAUUUUAAGGACAGCUGUUAGUCUGAGGGAUAUGGUGGAAAAUGGCAAAAUGUUGAAAAACUCAAUCCAGAACUUAUUUAAUUGGCCAAACCCCACAGGAUGUUGAAUUGGAAUUUUAAAUUGGAAUGAAAGGGAAGUUAAUUUACUUAACUGCAAUUCAAAGACAUCCAUUAGUUAUUAUUACAAUGAAUGAUUACGUCAUUCAUUUUGACUAAUUAGGUCUAUAUAUUUCCUGAUAUGUUAAAUGCAAUGCUAUCUCACGGCCAAUUCCUACGUAUUUUACGAGGUGGCUUAUUCGUACAAAUUUGUACGACCUCACUCGUACAAUUUUAUAUGAUUUGUCUAAACCCCAGUGAGGGUUAGGUUUAGGGGCGGGGUUAGGUGUUGGUCAUUCUUACAAAUUCAUACGAAUUGUGCAACUCGUAAAAUAUGUAUGAUUUGGCAACAAUCGUAUGAAUUUGUACGAGUAUGGUCGUACGAAUUCGUACGAAUAAGCCACCUUGUGAAAAAUGUUCGAAUUGGCGUGAGAUCGGGUUGGUUAAAAGUGAUUUAGAACUGAUUUUAAUUUAAACUGAGUAUCACAGUUAACACAGCCACCAAAACAGAUUUAAAUUUUUCCAUACUUAACAAAACAAAAAAAGUAAAUUUGACAGCUUUUUAAUAUUGUCAUAUUUUUGACUGAAAAUAGUGAGUAAAUUGAAGUGUUAUUUAAUUGGCGAAAUAUAUAUAAAAUUUUCUAUGUGUGGUAUUAUUAAUAUUAUUUAAUUUUUCUGAAAAUAGUGUGUUUAUCUUUGUAUUUAUGGGUAAUUUAUACAGAAACAUAAAAAACACUAUAAUUCUACUUGCUUAAAAUCUAAUUUAAGUUGCAAUUCUACAUCCUGUUUGCUGAGAAAGGGACCAAACCAUUGGGUCCUUUAAAACAAGGUUUUCUUAAACAGUUACUAUUAAAAUUACGAUAAAUUUUUUGGUGUGGUCCUCUGUGGUGGAUAAUUCAGUGGGAUAAUUCAUGUCUAGUAUAUCUAGUAGAAUACUGUAUGUAUUAGAGCACAUAGAAAUUGUGGAUGAAAUGCCUUACAGAAUGAUGAUGCCAUAUAUUGAAAAAAAGAAGAAAAAAAAGAAAGUGUUUUGGAGAUAAUGUAGGUUAUGCAUUUGGAGAUCUGAGAAUAAUUGACUUUUUUUGAAUGGGACUCUGUUGGAGACGUUUUGGACUUAAAAAAUUGAGCUCUUGAAAUAAACACACACAUAUUUAACUCCAAUUCCAGAAAAGUUAGGAUGUUUUGUGAAAUGCCAUAAAAUCAAGAAUAUGUUAUCUGUUCAUUCUCUUUAAGCUUUAUUUAAUUGACUAAAAGUACAAAUAAUUUUCUUUCCAAUGUAUUCACUGACCAACAAAUUUUGAUGUGGAUGGCUGCAACACACUCCAAAAAAAGUUAACACAGAGGCAAAUUUAACACUGUGUCACAGUGUUACUGUGUUUAUCAGCUGUCUUUUAUUAAAAUGUUUCAUUUUUUGGGAAUUAAGGAAAUUAAUUGUUCAAGUUUUGCAAUCUAAAUUUUUGUCCAGUCUCACUUCAGAUGCUCAGCAGUCAAUGAUCAUAGUUGUCUGAUUCUCCUUUUCAUGACCUGUCAUCCAUUUUCAAUAAUAAGAGUCCAAUCUUGACUGUAGGCAGGCCAGACUUGCACAUUCACUCGGAGUCUAUGAAGAACCCAGCGGCAUCACUGCAUAAAAUAAAUCUACAGCUUUCUCCUAGAGUAACAGAGAUUCAAGUUGCAUUUCUUGAUGCAGCAGCAGACUGUGGUAAAUGACAGUGGUUUUCUGAAGCACUCCUGAGCCCAUGUGGCUAUAUUUAACAUGUGACGGUUUCUUAUGCAAUGCCAUCUGAAGGCUUAAAGAUCAAACACAUUCAGCUGAGGUUUCCUGCCUUGCCCUACAUGUACUGUGAUUUCUCUGGAAUCCCUGAAUCUUUUCACAAUAUUACGCGCGUUACUUGAUGAAAGACCUCACUUCUUUACAAUUUAGCAUUGAUGAUCCAUGAUACAACUUUGCUUGAAAAGACAGCGAUGCUCCUUUUAUACCCAAACAUGAUUUCCUGACCUAUUACCAAUUCACCUGCUUACUGUAAAACUGUUUCAAAACCUUUUAUUUGGCCUCUGUCCCAACUUUUUUAGAGUGUGUUGCAGUCAUCAAAAUCUAAAUUUGUUCAUAUUUACAAAAUACAUUUACGUUGGUCAGUGAAAACUUUGGAAAUCUUUUCUUUGUACUUUCGUCAAUUAAAUUCAAAGUUAAAAGAGAAUUAACAAAGCACAGAUUCUUGAUAUUAUUGCAUUUUACAAAACUUCACAACUUUUCUGGAAUUGGGUUUGUAUUAGUCAGGAAGUCGGAAGAAAGUAUUCAAAACUUUUGUUGUUGUUUUGGUUUACUUUUUUUGACAUUGAUGUGCAAUAUUUUUAUUUGUUGUAAAUGACUGCAUUCCUUAUUUGUAUGCACAGAAAACCUUCCUUUUUGUCUUAAACAUCUGUAUAUGAAAUAAUAUUGCUAAUUAAAUAUGCUUAUAUUGGUAGCAUUUUCCUUUGAACAUUUAUACUUGAAAAACAUUGUGUGAAGAAAUUUUUCAGGUAAUAGAAAUGUUGUGUUGACAUUUAUGGAUGGAUUUGGAGUUGAAGAAUUGCAUUCUGAGAUCUCAUUUAUCUUUUUUUUUUUUUUUUUACCUCAUUAUGAAGUUGAGUCAUUACAGCCUUUUUUAUCAACUAAAUGUUUAAUUCAUGUGUGCUACUUUUUCACUCAAGAACAGAAUGUGUCUUAACAGAACGGUGUUCACUCAGUUUUAGUACAGAGCAACUCAACACGAACUGAUUCAAAGCCAGAGACUCUCAGACAGAAUUUUAGUAAUAUUUGUGCAAGAACUGACUGGUGUUGGUCCGUCAGCAUGCUUUGGCACAUGUCCAUUGCUACUUACUUAUUAGAGACGGUCUGCAGUCUGGUAAAUAUCACUAUAUAUGUGCUAUGUAUUUUGCACUUAUAUAAAAUACUAUAUAUUUUGCAUCUGAAGAAAAAAAACAGCCAGUCUAUCAAAUGAGCAUAAAAUGUCUUACAAAAAGCUUAUUGCUAUGAAUUACUGACAACUUUCUCCCAUUUUACCAUCAAGUGUACUUGAGUGUUGCUUGGAGUUUAUUUUUGAGAGCACACUCAUUUGCAAAGGAAUCUUUUGCCAACAAAUAAAUGAUAAAUGUAGAUGAAAUCACAAUAUGCUGACAUUACUACAGUGUUAAAUCUGUAUUAAUAGUGGAAAUAUUGUGAUAAAACAUACUGCUGUACAAUGACUGUACUUGAUGGCAUUAUGUCUUUUUGAGACGUUAGCAAACUCCUUGUUAUCGUUCCGAUAGCAAGAAAACGUCUUAUUUGCUUGAAAUGUGUAUUUGACCCCCAAAUUACAGUCUGACCUCAUUAUCACGGUGUUCUGUUACUAAUGGAAUCAAAAGUCAUUGACACACAGGAAGGACCUCAUGUUUCAUUGCUUUUUGCUUUAUGUGAAGCAUGGUCUUUUUGUAUGCAUUGCUAUUUAUUCUUGUAGUGAGUGUGAUGUGUGAUUACAGAUGACUUCAUUAUAAAAUAAAACCAGCUAGACACUUUCAUAUAUAUUAUAUUAUAUUUAUUUACAUAUAGCAUAAUAUAUACAGUAUUUCCAGUGAAUAUAUACCAUGUGUACAAUAAUGAAGGUAAAUUGUGCAAAAGUCUUUGACACUAUUUCAUAUUUGCUUUAAAGGAGUAGUUUGCCCAAAAAUGAACAUUUGCUGAAGAUUUGCUCAACCAGAGGCCAUCCAAGAUGUUAAUGUGUUUGUUUCUUUAUGGGACUAGGUUUAGAGAAAUUUAUUAUUACUGUACAACACUUGCUGACCAGUGGAUCCUCUGCAGUGAAUGGGUGCCGUCAGAAUGAGAGUCCAAAAAGCUGAUAAAACAUCACAAUAAUCUUCAGAUAAUGCACACAAAUUCCAGUCUGUCAAUGAAGGUCCUUUGAAGUAAAACAAUUUUUUCGUAAUCAACAAAUUCACAGUUCAGAAAACAUUCACCCCUGUUGUCCUCUAACAUUAAUUCUAUUAUUAUUUGUUAAGAACUGUUUUGGCUUGUAAACAGUGCUUGAUCUGUGCAUAUUUCUCUCCUGAUUCAGAUGAGAUGUCUGUUUUUCAACAGAGAAAGCAAUAUUAUGGAUAGAGGACUUGAUUGAAGUUAAAAACAUCUUGAUGAAUUGAUUUCUUACAAACACUUCACUUUUACACUUUAUUUUUUUUCCCCCUCACAAAGCCUUUAAUGUUAGAUGUUAACUGAUGGACUGAGGUCGUGUAGAUUAUUGUUUUAAUCAACUGUUUGGACUCAUUCUGACGGCACCCAUUCACUGCAGAAGAUUCAUUAGUGUGCAACUGAUGUAAUGCUACAUUCCUCCAAAUCUGUUACGAUGAAGAAACAAAAUCAACCACAUACUGGAUGGCCUCAGGGCGAGUACAUUUUUCAGCAAUUUUUCAUUUUUGGGGCUAAAUACUACUUUCAGGGGCAUCAGAUCAUACAUACACAUACAUUAACAUUUGCCAUGAUGUAUGGGGUCCGCUGCCACCACGAAACUAUUUAUUGCAAAAGAUAUUGCACAUUUUUAUACUGAAACAAAAGAGCAACAUAGAUAAAAAUGCUAGGUUAACUCAAUUUACCUUCUGUGUCCCAGACUUCUGCACUAUAGAGUACAGGACAUGCUGUAUCCGGUUCACAAUAAUGUGCAAGCUUUAAAAAGUGAUGGAUUGAAAUAUUUCAUAUUGGAGGAAAAAAAACAAGUGGUUCAAUGUGAUAUUGAAAUGACACCAGGAAUGAAACGCAGGAUGUGCAGAGUAUAGGACGGGUUCAACAGAUACCCACCUCAAGACUGUCCAGAGUGUGCUUUGUACUGCUGUAGGAAAGAAACUGGGGUUUGAUUAGUACUUAAUGCACUUGCCCUGAAUGUAAUUACAAUUAUAUGUUUGUCAAUGUCUACAAGUAAAAACACACUUUCUGUAAAGCAACAGCAAUGUUGAUUUAUUUGCUAGCUUUUCUGUGAUUGAACUAUUUAGACACAUUCCUUUACCAUAGCAGGAAUGUUUGUAACAGUAUUUACAACAUUAAACAAACUACUGAGA